CAGCGAGGGGCCUGUCUGGCUGCAGUCUCUCAAGUGUCGUGGCACAGAGUCCACCAUUGAAAACUGUGACGUCAGCACGUGGGGCCUGCCCAUGGAGAAGUGCACUGUGGGAAAUCCUCAGGUCGUGUGCUACAGAUCUGAACUAAACAUAUCGUUGUCAAGUGGACGCAACUUUGGUCAGUGGAAAUCACAAGGGAUCACGAGAGAGGAGGAAUAUGCAGUCUGGACACCACUGACGUCGAAGCAAGUGUUAUCUGUAAAAGCAUGGACUACAGAGGUGGAAAGGUUAUGACAGGAAAGAAAUUGUACUCCACUCCCACCACCUUCUUUCUGUCUGAAGUACAGUGUAACGCCACCGACACCGCCAUUUUCUCGUGCAAAGGCACGGGAUGGCAGAACCCUUCUGAACGUUGUCAGAAAGACGGAAAACAACUCGAAGUCUUCUGCUACGGAGAUGUACGUUUGAACCCGGGAGGUGACUUUGACGGCGUUGUGGAAACGUACGAUGCAGCAACUGAUUCAUGGAACCCUGUUUGUGGCGAAGGCUUUGAUAAUAACACUGCACAAGUUGUCUGCAGACAGAUGGGCUAUAGUCUGAGCUAUCUGCAGCCUCGAUGGUCAUACGCAUCCCACACCACCCCCAGGUCGCUCACUGGCCUGCAAUGCACAGGGAGAGAGAAUCACAUCAAUGACUGUCCCAGAACAUCGCUUGGCGCUUGUCGCGCAGAUGACUAUGUCUCCGUUACAUGCUUGCACAAUAAACCACAAAUAUCUGACAAAUAUAUACUGGACUUUGGGACGAACUCCAGGUUACACGCCACUGGCCGCGUGCAGGUUUACCAAAGCGGUGUUUUCGGCUACGUGUGUGAUGAUCAGUGGACCGCGAAGGAUGCUAGUGUGAUAUGCAGGGGAAUGGGAAAUAAAGGCGGGAUACCCUACUACAGUCCAGGGUCGUUUCCAGGCCCUUACUUUGUUAAUCAGCCUGGUUGCUAUGGGAACGAAACUACACUGGAGGAGUGCCUAGGGAGCAAGGAAACUAACUCAUGUUCUAGCAGGCGGGCAGCUGGUGUCCUUUGUUAUUCUAAAUCUGCACCGGUUCUGAGGAUAGGGGUGGAUAGCCAUGCUCACAACAUGGGUAUCCUGCGUCUAGCUGUGGAUUACAAGGACGGACGAAUCUGUGCCCUUGGCUGGGAUGACAAGGAUGCACAUGUAGCAUGCACUCAGAUGGGAUUCAGAGGCGGCUUGGCUGUAAAUUACCAUCGCAUGGAUGGUCCAGUGUACCUUUCAAACCUAACCUGUACUGGAGCAGAGAACAAUCUCUUCCAGUGUGGAAAUGAAGGAUGGAGGACAAACAGGAAGGAGUGCGAAGAUGCCUUUCUUGAUGCAGGUGUCAUUUGCUUUCAUGAUGUAAGACUGGCUGACGGCAACGUAAAAGCCAACCAGCUGACUGGCACUGUACAUGUGUGGCAUGGAGACAAGGUGAAGUCAUGGAAGUCAUUGUGUGGCAGGACCUUCAGUGACAAUGAAGCUACUUCUAUCUGCAAUGGGCUUGGCUUCCGGUAUUAUGCAAUCAUGAAGGCCGCCCCAUUGGUGAAUGACUAUGAGGUCAUCGGCCUACAGUGCUCUGGUAAGAAGGCCAGUGCUGCAAGCUGCCAGUACACUUCAGUUCAGUGUAAUGAUCAAGAUGGUCUGGCACGACUAACCUGUUUUAAUGAUAUGGAUGACAAUCAUCAAGAUUUAGGUUUCACGUGGUCUAUUCAGAAAGGGUACUAUGGUGAGGUUCAUGUUGCACACAGUCAUAUCAAAGGUGUUGUGUGUGAGGAGGGCUGGGGAGAUAAAGAAGCUGCCACCCUUUGCAGGCAGUUUGGCUUUGCAGGUGGACGCUCUUUGGGGACGACCAUGCUUCUCAAUGAACAAGAAUUGCUUGUUAUUUCCAAUGUCAGCUGCCCCCAGGGUGCCUCCGACAUGAGUCAGUGUACAUAUAGCACUGACGUGUCACCACAGUGUCGCAAUACUUUGACUGCUGCUGGAGUGCUGUGCGACAAGACCGACAACGGCAUUGAGUUCCGGUUGUCAGGGUCGAGCAUAUAUGAAGGUGUAGUGGAGGUCAGCUAUGAUGGCGUAUGGGGCAGAGUAUGUAACACCUCCUGGUCAAAAGAUGAUGCUGAUGUGUUGUGCAGACAGCUCGGCUUUAAAGGUGGUGACGUCAGCAAUGGUGGCUAUAGUGUCAGCUCAGGCCCCAUAUACCUGGACAACGUGCAGUGUGGACCACACCAUAGAUCACUGCUGGCCUGUCCCAACGAUGGUUGGGGGAGCUAUAAGUGCGUCGGUGGCUAUGCCAGGGUGAAAUGCGUUCCCAAAGUGACCCUAAGCAGCAUGAACUUUGGAGUUGUGCAAGUAUGGAAAGGUGACGCCUACUCAUUAAAGUGUUCACAUGGCUUUGAUGAUGAAGCAGCACAUAAUCUUUGUUCAUCUCUUGGCAACUUCUUUGGAAAAUCUCUCUGCUGUGAUGCCUUUGGUAAAAUUCCCUUCAGUUUGACAGCUGAAGAAGGCCAGUGUGCUGGACAUAUAGGGGAGGCAUUUGAUAAAUGCAAGAUUAGAGCAUCUGAAUAUUCACAGUGUUUAAAUGACUUCGGUUAUGCAUCUGCAGUCUGCUCUACAGUCCAAUCUGGCGAUGCAUACAGUAUAAAGCUAAGCUUAGGCCAGAUGGGUCAGAUCAUGAUCACCCACUUCAAUCAGGAAGGCUUCAUCUGCUCUGAAGGAUUUGAUAACAAUGCAGCAAGCGUAGUCUGUCAAGAAGCGGGUUAUAAGGCAGGCUUUGCUUAUAUCUACAACAAUCCAAGGAACACACCAAUCCAAGAUAUUCGCUGGCUGGGCAAUCUGAACUGUUCAGGAUCAGAAAGACGUCUGAAAGAUUGUGGCAACGCGAGGUGGGGACAACUUGGCAACUGUCAUACCAGCAGAGAUGCUGCAGCUAUGUGCUUUAAAUCUGCAGAAAUGGCCAGGGUUGCAUGGAGAUUAGUAGAGGGGCCUACACGCAAAGAAGGGAGAGUGGAAGUCUUGAUAAAUGGAACUUGGGGGACAGUCUGUGGCUUGUCAGUGACUGACCGUGAGGCCGCUGUCAUCUGUCAGCAAAUGGGCUACCCAUCUGGAACUGUGAACAACAUUGGGAAGCAUGGGGCUGGAAUAGGCCCAGUGUGGCUGAGUAACAUCUCUUGCACCGGAGCUGAAAACAGUCCAUUCAAAUGUCCCAUGAACCAUCUGGGCAAAGCAGAUAGCGAAUGUGCAUCCCAUAACUACGACUUGUCAAUCAAAUGCGACGAUGCAGUGCGUCUUGUGGGUACCAGCAAAGACUAUGGCCGAGUGGAGGUGUUGUCGCACGCCACAAAGCUUUGGCUGUCUGUCUGUCAGGACAGCUUCUCCUCCUUCACAGCCAAUCUGAUUUGCCGUGAACUUGGAUAUGACCAAGGUCACCACCAAUGCUGCUCAGCAUUUGGAUCAGUGAAUCCUACAAACUUUAGCUUGGUUGAGUGCACAGGACAGGAAUCUGACCUCAGCCAUUGCAGACUAAAAACAGAGGCCAGCUGCUUCUCUGGUGAAUACAUUUCAUUGGCCUGCACUUCAGCUGGCAGAGAUGAAGGUCUAAAGGCUCAGCUACAAGGAUUUGCUGGUAUGGCCAUGGCAUAUCGUUACCUUAUGCCGGGUGCGAUCUGUGCUGAUGGCUUUACUACUAAGGAAGCUACAGUGUUCUGCAUGGAACUAGGUUACGAAGCUGCUUACGUGCUGCCUCCUCUUGCUGUCACCUCCAGCAUGCCCAUUGUUCUCGCACCAAUCAAGUAUCGUCUGAAUCCAGGAGACUUCAACCGAGGACGAGCUGAAAUUUUUGUGGAUGGCAAUUGGGGCCUUAUCUCCUUUAGUGCCAAUAACCUUCUUAACGUUCACAUCUUUUGUAGAGAGAUGGGAUUCACAAGUGGUAGAGUUAUCCGAGGAAGGUCUUCAAAUCUCCGUCAGGCCAGCAUUGUUGUGACACCUGCCUGUAGUGGUCAGGAAAAGUCGUUCCUUGAAUGUCCUGCUGACUGGAACCCUAAACAAUCCUCUUCUGCAUUGUUUAUGGAGUGCACACGUGGAGUGGGACUUCAGCGAGGAAAUUCUCCAGCAGAUGGCGCUCUGUAUGCUAAACCUUUAGAUGGCGACUGGGGAGCAGUGUGUGGUAAAGGCUUCACCCAAGCAAGUGCAGACUACAAACUCAAGUUAAGUGGACAGCGAGGUGGUGAGGUAAAGGUCACCUAUCUUGGAAUUGAGGGUCGAAUCUGCAGUGAUUCGUGGGAUAACAGCGAUGCCCUUGUGACAUGCAGGGAGCUUGGCUUCAUCAAAGGUGAAGCUUACACGCACUUGAAAGAUCCCUACCUCGAUGGCGACAAAACUGGACCCUAUUGGUCCUCUGAAUUUAACUGCACUGGAAAUGAGAUACGCUUAGGAGACUGCAGCCACAUAGGGUGGGGCAAUGUGACGAGCUGCACGAGUAAACACUUCGCCGGUGCACUUUGCUAUGAUGAUCAAGGAUUUUCAUUCAAGCUUGGCCAUGGUGAUAUAUAUUAUGGGCUGGUAAAUAUCUCUGUGAAUGGAGUGUGGGGUACACUUUGUGACCCCAACUGGAAUCAUGCAAGUGCUGCAGUGCUGUGUCGCAUGAUAGGCUACUCAGAUGGCGAGCUGUGGUAUGCAAAAAAUCAACCAACUAAUCAAUUAUCAGAACCCCUCUGGGGCUCAAAGCUUCAGUGUCAUGGGAAUGAGAAAAAACUGGAUGAUUGCUCCUCUGUGGGCUGGGUUCCAGCAUCUCAAGUAUGUUCUUCGUUUUCCUACCUUGCUACAGCCUACUGCUAUGGAAGAGUCAAAUUAAGCUCAGGACGCCCUGAUGUUGUUUCCCAUGGUGCUGUGAUCAUCUACCACAAGAACCAGUGGCUCCAAGUGUGUGAUGCAGGUUUUGAUGAUGUCACAGCAAGGAAGGCAUGUCAGAAUAUGGGUUACAAUGAUGGAAAAGCUAUCUGUUGCUCUGCCUACAAAGGUGUGAGUGUUUUUGAAAUGCACCCAAAUGUGACUGUGCGGUGCAAUGGCAAUGAGGCUACUAUUAACGAUUGCAUCAGAGAAGAAGCUUGCACAUCAGGGCAAUAUGCAUCAGUAAUAUGCUUGAAAAACGACCAGAGUUUCAAAGAAAAUUAUGACAUCAAGCUGUCCCAGCAAAGCACAGGUGCACUGUCAGUGACUUACUAUGGCGUGCCUGGCAGGAUCUGUUCACAGGAGUGGGAUGAUGCUGAUGCAAGUGUUUAUUGUAGAUCAGCAGGUUUCACAUCUGGAUUUGCUUUUCAUCAACAGUUUUACAACAGCCCUACAGAACAAGAUGUGGGUCCUUUUUGGCUCAGUGAUUUUCGCUGCACUGGGAAGGAGGGCAACUUGAUGGACUGUCCCCACCAAGAGCGCCUAUCACUUGGGAACUGUUCGGCCUCCCAUACUGCUUCUGUUGUUUGCUAUCGAGAGUCAGGCAUCCAGUACAGAAUAAAUGGUGGCAAUCACAAUACAGGAAGAGUGGAGCUGGCCAUUGAUGGGCAAUGGGGCUCAGUAUGUGGUGUGACCUGGGAUGAUCAAGCUGCCAGUGUAUUUUGCCGAUCUCUCAAUUUUACACAUGGUGUUGCUAUUACCAACACAGACUUUGGACAAGGCUCUGGACCCAUAUGGAUGAAUGGAGUCAUUUGCAACGGUACAGAAGCCAGCAUCCACCAGUGCCCACAUGCAGGUUUCUACAAAGGCAAGCACCAAGGACUCUCUCUUUGCAACUCCCAUGAUUAUGAUGCUGCAGUAUUCUGCCAUCAGAAUGUGCGUCUGAACAGACCUCAUGGUUCCAGUGAAGGUGGACUUCUGGUUUAUCAAGGAAAUAAGUGGACAGGAGUAUGUGAUAGCCAGUUCAGCAAUGUAGAAGCCACAGUUGCAUGCCGCAGCUUAAUGCAAGGAUUCAACGAUGGUGUUGUUAUUCCUGGCUCAUCAUUUGGGGAUCUAGGGACAGAUAUCUCCAUGUCAAUUAAAUGCCAGGGUGAUGAAAAGGACAUAAGCAAGUGCCACAUCUCAAUGGGUUCAUGUCCAAGUCAGCAAUACAUGUCUGUCUCCUGUAGCACAACUCCUAUUGAUGUUAGCGGUAUGCCUGUAAGAUUUGCCGAGAAUGAUAACUCAGCUUAUCAUGGUAUUGUGGAGGUGCGCUACAAGGGUGUCUGGAGUCGCAUCUGCCAACAGGGCUGGGAUGAUGCAGAUGCUACGGUUUUUUGUAGACAAUUGGGAUAUAAGGCAGGAGUGCAGUAUCUGCACCACAAGAAGAAUCCUCAGCCCAUCCAGCUGCGUGAUAUGGAUUGCUUUGGAAAUGAAAAAUUGUUGUCUAACUGCAAUUACAGCACCUCUCCAGAUCUAAAGAACUGUAACUUUGGUUCUAAUGAUGCAGGUGCUAUCUGCUAUAAUAAUACAGGCAUUGCUUAUCGUCUGUACGGAGGCUUUAAUAGUGGAGACAACAUCACAGGGCGUGUAGAGAUUGCAUAUGAUGGUGAGUGGGGUACCAUCUGCGAGUGGGAUUGGUCAGCUUCGAAUGCUCGUGUGUUGUGCAGAAACCUUGGCUACCUGGAUGGCAUCCCUGCCUCUGCACCAAGUCCUCCUCUUCCUGAAAGGGAAUAUUUUCUCAGUGCUUCCUUCUGUGAUGGAAAUGAGAACAAUAUCUUCUCCUGCCUCAAUACUGGCUUCAAGUCUGGUUACCUUGGAGACUUGUGUGGAGGUGAAGCUUAUGCCACUUGUUACAAACAAGAAGUUGCCAUUACAAGCAUAAGGCUUGUCAACACCGAAGGCAAAGUGGGCACCAACCAUGGUCGAGUGGAGGUGUUUGUUCAAGGUCCAAAUGCCUGGGGAUGCAUCUGCGAUGAUUACUGGGAUCACCAUGAUGCAAGCGUUGUGUGUCGUGAGCUUGGUUAUGAUUAUGGUGUGGCUCAUUCACAAGGCAAACACGAGAUAGCCAAUGGUUACAUAUGGCUGGACAACGUGGAAUGCCUUGGGAAUGAGACUUCCCUUACUGAGUGCAAGCAUCGAGGAAUAUCCACAACUAACUGCCAGCACUAUGAAGAUGCUGGAGUCUCCUGUUACAGUUUCACAUGGUCUAUUCAGAAAGGGUACUAUGGUGAGGUUCAUGUUGCACACAGUCAUAUCAAAGGUGUUGUGUGUGAGGAGGGCUGGGGAGAUAAAGAAGCUGCCACCCUUUGCAGGCAGUUUGGCUUUGCAGGUGGACGCUUUUUGGGUACGACUAUGCUUCGCACUGAACAAGGAGUGACUUUUUUCAAUGUCAGCUGCCCCCAGGGUGCCUCCGACAUGAGUCAGUGUAGCACUGUUGUGUCACCGCAGUGUCACAGCAUGACUGCUGCUGGAGUGCUGUGCUACAGGACAAACAAUGGCAUUGAGUUCCGGUUGGCAGGGGGAUCCUUAUUUGAAGGUCAAGUGAUGGUCGGCUAUGAUGGUGAAUGGCAUGCAUUACAUACCACCUCCUGGUCAAAAGAUGAUGCUGAUGUAUUGUGCAGAGAGCUUGGCUUUACAGGUGGUGACAUCAGCAAUGCUACCUAUAAUGUCAGCUCAAGCCCCAUAUACCUGGGCAAUGUGCAGUGUGGACCACACCAUAGAUCACUGCUGGCCUGUCCCAACGAUGGUUGGGGGAGCUAUAAGUACAUCAGCGACUAUGCCAGAGUGCACUGUGUUCCCAAAGUGACCCUAAGCAACAUAACCUUUGGGGCUGUGCAAGUAUGGAAAGGUGACGCCUACUCAUUAAAGUGUUCACACGGCUUUGAUGAUGAAGCAGCAUCUACUCUUUGCUUAUCUCUUGGCUACUCCCAUGGAAGAUCUGCCUGCUGUAAUUUCUUUGGAACAUUUCCCUUAACAACUAUAGAAUCCAAGUGUGGACAUCGGGAAGAAUUUGAUACAUGCAAGAACAUAUUAGCAACUCCACAGUGCUUUCAUGACUUCGGUUAUGCAUCUGCAGUCUGCUCUACAGUCAACUCUAGCGUUGAUUACAUGAGUACCUCCACUACAAAACCAACCACCACUUUCACUACUAGUUCAACAUCCCGUACAACCAUCACUUCAACAAAUGCAUCUUCCACAACCACCACUACUCCAACCACUACCACUUCUAAACCAACUACCAAAACUACUAUGUCCACUACUACAACUACUAAACAGGCCCAAACCACCACCACUACACAAGUGUAUACCACUUCUACAAAACCCACCACAAGGCAGCCAACCACUAGCACAAAACCCACAACCACUGUUAAAAGCAGCACAACACCACCCACAACCAAAGCUAAAGCUGUCACAUCUUCAGUAUCAGUCACCCCUACCACACAAACCAUUUCAGAUUACACUUCUUCAACCCAUUCAAGCAAUACACCAGUAGAAGGCGGGAUUACAGAAGCCCAAGCUCACAGCACGGUCAAAACCAAUGCUGCUGCCAUUGCUGUUCCAAUCAUUGUGAUCCUGUUGGUGGCAUCUGUUUCUGUUGUGGUUAUGUACAAGUUCCACCAGCGCCGAAAAGCUAUACCCCAUCAGCGCUUUGAUGACAACAUUAUGGAACAGCACCCUGAUGGCAGCAUAGCAAUGCAAAACCAGCUGUAUGACAUGGGAGGUGUUGAAGUUAAUCCCUUUACUCUGUCCGGCACAAGCAAGUACAUGACUGGAGCAUCUGAGAUCACCCUUGGUAGUGAUGGUAAUGCCCAUUACACCAACCAAAGCAAUGGACAAACUCAAAGAAAUGGGAACGAUGGCUAUGCAAACCCCCUCUUUAAUGUGGUAGAGCAAGCUGCUAGCAGUAAGCGAAUGGACAAAAAUGGAGUAUAUUAAAAUUUCCUUAACAGGAAAUGCUGGGUGUGAACUGUUGACAUGUUUAUAAAUGGCUGUCAGCACAAUGUUGAUUGCCCUGUCUACUUUCAAAAAUAAGCAUGUGAUGUGAUAGGUAAAGAAAUCCACAAACACACAUGUAAAAAUUAAGAUUAAUAGAAUGAGCAUAAAGGAUUCUUGCAGUUUUUGUUUUAUCAGUAGACAAAUACACACAUCACUUUGUCACUGAUAGUUUAGUGCUUUAAUGUUUGGGUUAGGCAUCAGCUUUGGUCACAUACUGACACACACAAUGAGACACCAAAGGGUAGUGUUUAUUUAGUACAUACAGUACAAGCAUAAUUCAAACCCUCUGCAUAAAUGUAUGAAAGUGUGAGUUGAGUUGUGUACAGUUUUCUAGGUGUCUUUCAAAUUUGGACCUCAUGCAAUAUGUAUAUAUGCUUCUGGAAUGUACAUGUUCUGUGUGUGGAUGGGGGGACAGCGAGGCCAUCAAUUCACGCCAAUCCUUCAUCAAUAGUGUUAAGGUAGUAUCUUAACAAAUGUAAGAAAAAUCUAUUGCAGCAUGUUUCAUACAAACAUGAUGUUGGCAACAAUAAAACAUUUGCCGGCUACCACAAAAUGUAAAGUAUCAAGAGAAGUAAAAUGAUUUAUUAAAGAUAUUUUUUUAACUGAACGCUGUAUUAUUGAUAAAUACAUUGAAUAAAUUGUUGAAAAAGUAAUAUUGGUGUUUCUAUAAGUGCUCAGAAAAAAAAUGUCAGCUUUCCAUUAUUUGGAUGUGCAGAUAAACUGCUAUAAUAUAGCA